AAAGACCUCUGGGCGUGAUCCACAAUCUCGGAGGCUUCGUGGUGAUGUCAGCGGUUUCCUGUAUGAUGGGAAAAACAAACAUGGCGGCAAUGCCAGAGCCUCUUGGUUUAGAAAGAGAUGUGUGCAGGGUGAUCGAGCUGCUGGACAGACUGCAGAGGAGUGGGGAGCUGCCCCCUCCCAAGCUGCAGGCCCUCCAGAGAGUUCUGCAGAGCAAGUUCUGUGCUGCUAUUAGAGAGGUUUAUGAGCAGCUGUAUGACACCCUAGACAUCGCAGGAGGACCUGAAGUCCGAGCCCAAGCUACUGCCAAGGCCACCGUAGCAGCUUUUGCAGCCAGCGAAGGACACGCCCAUCCCCGGGUCGUGGAGCUGCCCAAAACUGAAGAGGGACUUGGGUUCAACAUAAUGGGGGGUAAAGAACAGAACUCUCCAAUAUACAUCUCUAGAGUCAUCCCUGGGGGAGUUGCAGACCGGCAGGGGGGACUCAAAAGGGGUGACCAGCUCCUGUCCGUCAACGGAGUGAGUGUCGAGGGCGAGCACCACGAAAAAGCAGUGGACCUGCUGAAGGCUGCCCAGGGUUCAGUGAAGCUGGUGGUGCGCUAUACUCCGAAAGUGUUGGAGGAGAUGGAGGCUCGGUUUGAAAAGAUGAGGAGUGCUCGCAGACGCCAACAGCACACCAGCUACACGUCUUUGGAGUCUCGAGGAUAGUUUAGUCCUGUAUACCAUGAGCUGGUCAGCAUGGGCCCCAGGUCUGACAGAAAAUCAAGUGGAAGGUUGAAAUCCCCUUUUAGAUCUAGCUAACUCCUAUGUAUAAUCAAUCAGCUGAGCUGCGUGAUAGCGAACGCUGCAUAGAAAAACUCGUAUGAAACCUCAGAAUACUCUUCGGUGUGCUGCUCCAAACAGAAUAGAUGCAUCGUCAGUCGCGUGUCAAUCACCUCAUUCCUGCAUUAGUGACUUUUAACGUAAAGUGCUUUUAAUUAUUAUUUUUUCAAACUAUUUUAUUGGACCAUUGAUCCAUGUGUAUCCAGAGUACUCUCAAAUGCACUGUACCUCAGUGAUUGACAUUAAUGCAUAAACCAAAUCAGAACCACAAGAGGCGUGUCGGUUACUGUAACUGUAUGUAUGUAUGUAUCUAUUUAUUUAAAUUCAUUUAUAUAAAAAAGAAAAUAAACGUAAAAUAUUUUAAAAAUUA